AAUACCUGUGGGGCUAACACAAUACAUGGCGCUGUUCUUCCAAGGAACUGUUCAAACAGAUGCUAAAGGCUUUGCAAUCAAUUUUUGUACGGGACCAUCAGAAGGUGACGACAUUGCUUUUUACUUCAAUCCCCGUAUUGGUCAGUUUACGGCUUUGAACAGCUUUAAAAAUGGUCAGUGGGAGACUGAGGCAUCUGCCCCUGACAAACCCUUCACUGCUGGAGCUCCGUUUUAUAUGAUUGUUGUCAUCACAUCAAAUGAUUAUGAGGUUUAUGUGAAUGACCAAAUAUUUUGCAUGUUCAACCACCGCAUUCCUUUUGAGAAAGUGAAUACAAUUCGCGUUGUUGGAGAUGUUUCCACCAACAUCAUUGGUUUUAUUGAAAACUGGAGGAUUUGUCCAUUCUUCAGGGAAGAAAAAAGAUUUGUUACAAUUACAGGGAGCUUAGUCUCGGCAUCCACAAAGUUUGAGGCUUUCUACUCAAUCAGCAACCCUGCUCUCCCCUAUGCUCUUAAAUUGCCUGCAAACCUAAAACAUAAUAUGGCUGUAUUCUUCCAAGGGACUCUUCAGAAUGAUGCCAAAAGCUUUGCAAUCAAUUUUUGUACGGGACCAUCAGAAGGUGACGACAUUGCUUUUUACUUCAAUCCCCGUAUGGGUCAGUUUACUGCCCUGAACAGCUUUAAAAAUGGUCAAUGGGAAACUGAGGAAUCUGCACCUGACAAACCCUUCACUGCUGGAGGACAGUUUAUUAUCAUUUUUGUCAUCACAUCAAAUGCAUAUGAGGUCUAUGUGAAUGGUCAAAAACACUGCACAUUCAAGUGUCGAAUUCCUUUUGAGAAAGUGACUACAAUUCGCAUGCUUGGAAAUAUUUUUAUGAACCUUGUCUGUUUCAUUAAAUCACUUCCCCCGGUGCCACAAGUUUCCAAUUGGUUUGCAGAUGAUAUGGCUGUUCAGGUCAAAGGAAUCGUUUCUGCAGAUGCCAAAGGCUUUGCAAUAAAUUUCUAUACCGGGUCAUCAGCUAAUGGUGACAUUGCUUUUAACCUUAACCCCCGUAUUGGUCAGUAUACGGCCCUGAACAGCUUCAGAAAUGGUGAAUGGGAGUCUGAAGAAUCUGCCCACGACAAACCCUUCACUGCUGGAACACCGUUUGAUAUGGUUGUUGCUGUCAGGUCUGAUAACUAUGAGGUGCAUGUAAAAGAAACGCAACACAGUACAUUUAAACACCGCAUUCCUUUUGAGACAGUUUCUACACUUGGCAUCAAAGGAGACAUUGGCAUCGCACUAAUUAAUUUCGUUAAAAACUGGGGUAAGAGUAAUAAGAGUGUAAUGACUGGGAUUAUAAAACAAAAUAUGGCUGUAUGCUUCCAAGGAACAGUUGCUGCAAAACCAGACCGCUUUGCAAUCAAUUUUCAGUUGGGUCCAUUAGAAAAUGAUGAACAUGCUUUUCACUACAAUCCCCGUAUUGGAAAAUAUACGGCCCUGAACAGCUUCAGAAAGGGUAGAUGGGAAAAGGAGGAAAAAGCCUCUGACAAACCCUUUAAAGCUGGAGGAUCAUUUACUGUGGUCUUCCAUUUCAGAUCACAUGGCUAUGAGGUCUAUGUCAACAACCAGAAACACUGCACAUUUGGGCACCGCAUUCCUUUCGAAAAAGUUUGUGCCAUUUGCAUUACUGGACAAGUUACCAUAAACAACUUUUGGUUUAUUGAAAACUGGGAUCCUUCUGCUCCUGUUGAACACUAAGAUUUCAUUCCACUUUGCCUCAGUGUUGCCUGGAAACACAUUCUGCCAAAUGCAGUGUUUUACUUCAUAUACUUUAUUGUAACAAGCCAUUUUUAUUCCUAGUCAAAACACUUUCUUAUGUUCUUCUUGGACUAAAUUAGCACUCUUGUGUAAGAAAUAUUACCAUCCUUACUCUAAAUAAAACCACUUACCAAUCUCUUUAGACAGUAAAACUAAUUACUGUUAUACCAACAUUCUUUCAACAGACUUUCAUAAGCUGUAGUACCUUUAAAUGUUGUACUGAUAAAACAGAAAAACAAAGAAGAAUUUUAACAAAUUGAUUUGAAGCUUAAAUGGAUAUUUCUGGUAGAACAUAAUUAGGAAAUAAGCAAAAUUUGUGUAUACAAAAUACAAAGUAAAAUAAAAUGGCUGUCAAAAAGCAUGUUUGUUGAGGGUCAUUUGCCUGAUCACAAAUAUAAUAGAAAGGCUUUCUUCAUUAGGAGGAAUUAAAGGGGACUUAAGGGCAAACUAUGCAUCUUUUCUUUCAUUUUUUGCUGAUGUGUGUCUGAUAAAAUUUUGGAGUUAUAUAUACAGUGUAUCACAAA